AUGGCACAUCUACGCACAGCAAGCCACACCGAUGAAAUAUCAAAGGUUGGUGCUGUUCCGGGGUCACAUACCCGAAACAGGAUUCCUUCUCAACGUUCGGAUUGCUCAGAGCAUACAGCAACAGAUUUUUCUCAGCGGUUAAAAAGCGUCACCAACAAGGCGCGGCGCGACUCUGCGCAUGGAGAUUAUCUCUACAGUUGCCUGGAGGCUGCUGCACCGUGGCUCCCGUCUGUCAAAGACUCUGAGUACUACUUCUUGUAUCCUAAGAAUAUAGCUUUAAUGUCUAAUAUUUCUGGAAUAUUGGUCAUGGUAAUACGAUCAUCCACACUCAAUACUCUUCAGGACUCAAAUGUUCAGCGAAGCAUAGCUUACGAGAUUGUUACUCGGAUUGAACCCUGUAGUAAAGGCAAGCGGGCCGCUGGACUCUUUCCUGGAGAGGUUGCCAGUGGAAAUGAGUACCAAAGCGAAAUAUCAAUCGGCGUUAGGCUAGGAGAUAAGGAUUAUACAGACACGCAUGGGCCUUUCAGCUGUCUUGACUCGGAUAUCAGUGCUUUCUGCUCUCUUCUGUCUACUACAACUACUAGAUAUAAAAAGCUUUCAGGUAUUAGCGUGGAAAAUGCCAUAGUACACUCUAUAAAGAACCUUAACAUGUCUUGCUCUGCUUCCUAUGACGACGAGACGCGGAUUGUGGUCCAGACCGAUCUGAUGCGCUCACUACUAUUUAACAUGAGUACCCCGCGCUUCCCCCGUGGCCGCCAGGGCAUGGCUGCUUAUACCGUUGUUAACGAUCUCUCCUUUCGGCAGUAUGGCCGUUAUUCGUGCCAGAUCUUUCUGCGUAGAGUUCUCCUACUCACAGCGACGCUUGUUUCUACCCCGACAUUUGAGCUCUGCGACUCAAAGAAUAUCUCGAGUCAUAGAUCAAAUAAGGUAACGGCUAAUUUCCCUGACGUCGUUGUCAAACUGCAGAACCCCUUUAUCUUUUCAUCCUCCGAGUUCUUUCCGUGGUGGUCCAACUACAACCCUUCUCUUUCAACCCCGAUACCUUCAGACCAAACCAUACUUAGCCCAGAUGUCCUUGCAUCUUAUUUUCACGUUCCACUCCAUGCCAACUGUGGGCCCACUAGUAGCGUUACUGGAACAUUUACAGAGCCUGGCCCUGAGGUUUUCAAUGUACUAGGAAAUGUCGUUGUGAAUACCCUUACUCUCCAGACCGGGGCCAAUAGCAGCACUCCAUCUGAGAAGAUACUCAAAAACAUAGACCACACAAAAGUCCCCAGCGCCACAGCUCCCUUCGUACCUGGCACACGCAUUCUGGGGGGAGCUACCGACAUUUACCGUCGCUCCAGUGUUAGAUAUGAAGCCAAUCCUCAGAGCUUACUGGUGCCGGUAACAAACACCGAGAGCGGCCUUGUGAAGGGGCCGCAUGUGAACAGUGCUUCGAUGCUACCAGCAGAGCAGGCCUUGAAGGAUAUGAAGGACAGCUGCAUAGGUCAAUUAAACCAGAAGUGCGACUUAGAUAAUACCUAUGAAUUCAGCGCUUAUCAGUCAAACGAAGAGUUGCUUGAUGUGUGUAACGCAAACGCAUAUGCAAAGGUGGUAGAUAAAGAGGAUCUGUCGGAGCUUAGUAGGAGUGACUCGCCCAUUGUUCAAAACAAGCGUCCAAUGACGUCAUUCAGCAGGUCAAAGCCCAAACUAGUGUUCGGUAAGUUACUAAAGAAAAAAGAUGAAUCUAAGGAAGAGGCGUUGCCUCCAUUUCUAUCAGUGGCUGCAACCAAAGAUGGCUUAAAGCACGAACCAAAACUAGUUGCACAGACAACUUGCAACGGGACAGAGACAUAUAAGCGUAUAACAGCAGUGACCUCAACUACAGAGAGUCCCAUUAACUACACGAAAGUCAUGGUGUCCCAGUGCGCCAAGAAGCAAUGCAAUGAACCAUUUUCUAACAGAGGGCCCAACGGGGAAGACAAGUUCUACCAUCUCAAAUUCAAGUGUGGCGAUGGUACUAUAUUAGUGUACGUUGAGUUCACAAAGGAGUACGGAGGCCUCGCCGAGGGUCAUGUGAUCAUGGGGCAAUCUCACUUCCAAUGGGAUGUGACAAUCAUUGCUGGUCCGCAAGUUCUCGACCUUCUUGUGGGAGGAAAAUACGUGGACUCUAUUCACCUUUCAUCGGUAGGGGACUACAAUAUAUGUUUCAAGCUUCUAGACAGGGGCGCGUGGAUAGAUCUUUCUGAAAACUAUGACGUUUUUGCAAGAGUUCUUUAG